UUAAAGGAAGAAAAAGUUGUUGGCAGAGACAUAGGAAAACAUGUCGAAGGUGGUGGUUAUUUCCACCAUAAUCACCGCCUUCGUCUUUCUCGUAAUACCAUUAAUCGUCCAAUUAAAAUUAAAUGAGAAUGCAUAUUACACCCCUCGUGGGUUAAGCAGACGAUUAGGCCUCAAGACUCGUGACCCAAUAUUUGAUCCCCUUGUUGCCGAAUUGGAGCAACGUCAGCCCAAAGGAAAUAAAGAAGACCAGUCUAGUCGUAGAUCGCAUAAUAAUUAUAAGGAGGAGGACGAUCAAUAUUUUGACUAUGAUGGGAGGUUAAAAACUAGCUUAAGAUUAAUGGUUUUGUUCCCUAUUUUGGAUGUUGCACCAAAAGAUGGUUUCAUUGAGUAUAAGGAGUUGGAAGCUUGGAAUACGCAACAAGCCAUUGAUCGUCUGCAUUAUAGAACUCGGAGAGAAUUGGAGUACUUUCGAGACAAUAAUGGAGAUGGAGCUAUUUCUUUCUCUGAAUAUUUGCCUCACUUUACCAAUGAAGACAUAGAGAGAAAUGAAACCAGCCAUGGAGAAGCAGGAUGGUGGAUGGAACAAUUCAGAAAUGCUGAUGCUGAUCGAAACGGGACUCUAAACUUAUAUGAAUUUAGAGAUUUUUUGCACCCUGAAGAUAGCAGGAACGAAAAUAUACAAAGGUGGCUGUUGCGAGAAAAAAUCAGGCAGAUGGACGUAAACAGGGAUCAUAAGCUAAAUCGGUUGGAAUUUAGUAACGGUGCUUACAACAUCUAUAAGACUUACCUGGAAUAUGAAUCUCGGGGAACCAAUAUUCCAACACCACUUGAAGCAUUCGCCAAGCUUGACGUCGAUAGUGACAAAUUCCUGAGAGAGGAGGAAUUGAAACCAAUUCUGCACUACUUGUGCCCUGGAGAACUCUCCUACGCUAAAGUCUACACCACAUAUUUGAUUCGAGAGGCUGAUGAUAACCAAGAUGGUAAAUUAUCAUUGGAUGAAAUACUCAAUCAUGAAAGUAUUUUCUACAGUACCAUCUAUGACAAUGGUAGGAAUGAAGAUCUUUACCACGACGAACUUUAAAUUGUGGUACGUCACUCAAUAUGCCAUGGGAUCAAUGAAGUUUUGUACGUAGCACAUGCAUAGGUCGAUCCAACACUCAGAUAACAAAACCCAAUAUUGGGCUCUUCUUUUCCUUUCUUAUCUUAGGCUUUCUAUUCCUUGUCAUAUCAUCCGCAACAACCUCUUUACAUUUUGAUUUUGAGUAACAGUACUCCAUUCUCUUGCACCUAAAUGAAAUACUACUUCCAUCUUUUCUUUUCUUACUU